ACUGGAUGUGUCCCAAAAAUAAACGACAGAAACCCCCUCAUCCCUGGGAAGGGGCUUCUUAGAACACGUCUGAAGUUUUUGGAAGAGCAGCCCGAGGGGGCGGGAUGAGGAGGAUAAAUUACGGAGCAAGGGGAGCCAAAGCCACGGACAUCGGGCAGGGCAGCACAAAGGACAGAGGAAGAGCCCUCACGCAGCCACCAUGGCCACUGCAAGGACAGUCCUGCUGCUCACCCUGCUCCUCACCUUCUCCCUGCACUGUGCCACAGCCCACUUCAGACCCAUCGAAUGCUGCUUUGAGUACGCAGAGAGACCCGUCCGACACGUGCAGAGCUACUAUGAGACCCCCAUUGACUGCCCUAUGCCUGCAGUUGUGAUUGUGGCUGCCAGAGGUGCCAAGAUCUGUGCUGACCCCAAGAAGCGCUGGGUGGAGAAAGCCAUAGAAAAGCUUCAAAAGAAAAAAUGAACUCCAUCCACCAUCCCACUUGCCCAUCCAGUCCUCCUGUCUCUGCUGUG